CAUUUGAGAAGCUUCCACCGGAUUUUUGGGAUCAAAGCCACGAAACCCUAAAAAAAAAAUGGGUGGAAGAACGGACGAAAGUGGCGGAGGGAAAGCAAAAGAGGAAGAGCAAGACGGCAUGUCCGUACACUCUCCCUGCAAAGCUUUACCUUCCUCCGCCUCCUCUCUCUCCAAGGAGCAGUCAGAGGUUGAAUUAGAGCUGAAGUUAUUAGAAGCUCUUGAAAUCUAUCCUCCUGUUAAACUCAAAGGGAUACAUCGCCACUUUGUUCUUUAUGGUCUGAUGGAGUAUCUCGGAAGAAGCUUUGACCGACAGUUCACAGCGGAUGAGGUUCUUCAGCUACUUGAUCGUUUCUACAACAUCGACAUGCUGAAAUCAGACGAUGAGGACAUGGACAUUCUGAAUCAUGAAGAAGAUUUUACCUUGCCUCAGAGUUUCUUUGAUAAGGAAGAACCAUGACAGAGCAAGAAGAAGAGAUUUUUGUUUCAUUUAUCUUCUUCUCCCAUCUUUUUGUAUAUGGUUAGGUUUGUCCUCAGCUCUUAUGCUAAGGUUUUUAUUCUUCUUCUGAAUACUGCAGUUUGAAUGUCCAUAAAACCAUCAUCAAUAAUGAUCAUUACUCUGUCCCAAGAGUUUAAUAAAUCUUAACAAGCUUUUUGUUUUGCGGACU